AUGUCCGAUCACGGGCGCAGUCCACCCCCCGCUUCUUCGGCGCGGAGCAGUCAUCACGUGAACCAGCCCGCGCCGGAUCCACCCGGUCCAGAUCCUCUCGAGCCUCACAGUGAGGAACUCCGUGCUCUGGUCGCCGCCCGUGAUACCGCGAUGCGUAACCAAGAAGAGGUAGCAGCGCUGCUGCUGCACCAGACGCGAGAGCUGGAUGCGGCCCAGGCACACAUACAGCGGCAGAACGCGGAGCUGAGCAGCCUACAAGCAGAAGACGCCGUCCACCGCAGCCAGGGGACUACCUCCGUGGCUGGUGCAGUGCGGGCUCUUCAGCUCCAAGGUCGGGUCGCCCAGCAGGUGGGCGAGAUCCGUGAUCUUCAGCGUCACAUUGAACGGCUUGAACGCGAACGCGACCGUCUGCAGGAAAACAACGAUUACCUGGCCUCCGAAGUCUCGUUAGCCGGUGCUGAGAUCCAGCAGCUCCAAAGUAGAAACGCUAGUCUGGAACGCGACUUGGAGGACGCUAACGACGAACGGGAUGUGGCGGAGCAUAACAUGGAUCGGGCGCAAGAGGCACUUCGGCGAGUCGAGGAAGAGCUCGGGUCCAGAAGUCACGUUCCCCAAAUUGAUCCUCAGCAGAUCGAGGCUUUGACUCGGGAUCGGGAUCGCGAUCGUGUGUCUCUGGCUGAAGUUACGCGCAGCUUCACGAAGGCUCAAGAAGAUCUGCGAGCUCACCAGCGUAUGCACAACGAAGCUCGCGACGAGCUGAACCGCCUCAGAGCCGUUCACAUGGCAACCCUUGCGGAUCUGGAUCGCGCUGUCCAAGAGCGUGACACUCCCGAACUCACUCAUCUGCAGGACCUUCAAGAGACGGCCGUCGCGGACUUGGCUCGAGUGUAUCGAGAGCGUGACGCUUACCGGGACGAGGUUACCCAAGUGCGUUUGGAACUCAAGGAUCUCCAGGCUGACUUUGACGCUUCCGAGCAGACUGUAACUACGUUGGGGCAGCGUGUGAGUGCGAUUGAGUCUCAGCGUCAGUCACUGGCCCAGGAUCUCAUCCGCAUGAGUCACGAACGAGACGGGCUGCAGGAAGAAGUAAACGUUGCGCUAUGGCAGCUGUCGUCAAUAAGUCGUCUGGCAGAUGCUCGGCCCGGCGCGAUUGAAGAGGUGGUGAAUCCGGCGUAUAUCCUCAGCUUGAUCCGUGUGGCGCCUCCUGGAUCCGCCGAACAACAGCCUACCGCGGAAACCUCGGAUCGGGACUGUUCAGAUCCAGUACCCAACCAACAAAUGGCAUCAAGUGCUUCCAAGCGGGAUCGGGGUCGCGAAACGCCCGAUCCAGAUCCUACUCCGCUAGCUAAGUGUCGCAUCUUCUCGCCGCAAUCGGAAAGCCGUGAAGCUUUGGAUCGAGGCGACGGCUGCUCGUCCCCUGCCAAAGGUAGCGAAAUCGCCGACGAUGGUGGUCUGUCGGAUUCCCAAAGAGGGGAAGGCAGCGACCAGGAAGACGACCGCGGCGACAAGGGAAACGGCGACGGCCACGAAGAGGAAGAUCACAACGAAUUAGAAGAGCAGGGCAACGACGACGGCGAGGAUGAAGAGACUGAAUCCAUGGCAAAUGAUCUAUUCGAAGCUCAAACUCUGGAGGCGCUGUCCCAGUCGCGAUCCGAAGAGAGACGGCGACAACACGCUUCUCCUCGUCGCCGGCCGUCUUCGGGUGCUGGCCGGGCCCCGGACGAUGGAGAUGGAUCGGAUCCGCAUGAAGAUCCCGAUCCAACUCCUCCACAGGAUCCCGAUCCACGCAAUCUUCCCCCAGCUCGUGCCCGUCGACCACCGGUGCAAGAUCUUCUGGCUCCUGUAGUUCCGUUUGCACCUGACGCGGACUGCAUCCCCGGUCGCGAGAACGCACAUGCGUUGGUGCCGACCGACUGCCAACCUUGGCAGGUGGACCACUUAAAUGAUGCGGCCAUGGUGACUAUGCUGAUCGACGUGUUGUUCCCGAUCCUGCCCACCGCUCCAGGCUGGUUAUUUCCCUACUUCGGUCCUGCCGAGGGCCGUAAGCCGAAGAUCCAACUCAAUGACUACUGCUGGGAACUCAUCACAGAAGAGAACGUGCGGGCGCAAUUGGACACCCACCCUUGGGAAAUCCUUGAGAACCCGGGCGAUGCCAUUUCGUUUGAAGUCAAGUCGACCCACCACUUUCCGAUCCCCGAUGCGAUGGCAAAGAAAUAUCCGUGGCUAAUAGUGUUCCAGAAGGAACGCAGAAACCGUAGAUCCCUCGCGGGCCGUGCGUUGAAGCAGUUCUUGGAGUUGUUGAUCACCGUCAUGCGUGAAGGGUGGUGUGACCUGGACAUCCUGCUGAAUCCACAUUUCCUACAUUUCCCCAAGCAGCCCACGCAUCUCUUGGAGGCGUUGGAUGAGUGUAACAACGAGGAUCCAUGGCGCAACCACUACCGGGAUACUCCCCAAUACCAUCCUGCGCGCAACAUUGCGCGCCUCUCGGCCAAGUUCUUCAAUCUCCGUGCAGUUGGCGACCAGUAA